AUGGAUCAUGUGCUGAACUCCGCUGACUAUUACAUCUUCACUCCAUAUGUCUACCCCACCUCAUGGCCUGAGGAUGAGGCUCUGCGCCAGAUCAUCAGCCUGUGGGUCAUGACCACCCUGGGAGCAGAACUGCUUUACCUGGUUUUUGGCGCUCUUAACUUCUAUUUUGUCUUCGACCACAAGCUCAUGAAACAUCCGCAGUUUAUUGAGAAACAGAUGAGAAAAGAGAUUCAACUAGGGACCGUUUCCAUCUUUUGGAUGAGCUUCCCCACUGUGGCUCUUUUCUACUGGGAGGUGAUGGGAUACAGCAAACUUUUUGAUGACGUCAGUGGAUCUUCUCAAGGCUGGUCUUUUAUGUUCCUGAGCAUCGCUGGUUUCUUGUUCUUUACCGAUAUGUGUAUCUACUGGAUACACCGCGUUAUGCAUCACAAGAGCAUUUACAAGUAUCUGCAUAAACAGCACCAUUUAUUCAAGAUCCCCACGCCUUUCGCCAGUCACGCCUUCCACCCACUCGACGGCUUCCUUCAGAGCCUGCCCUACCACGUCUACCCUUUCAUCUUCCCCCUCAGCAAGGUAGUCUACCUUUCGCUCUUCAUCUUUGUCAACAUCUGGACUAUUUCCAUACACGAUGGGGACUACCGCAUCCCAGGCCCCUUCAUACACCUGAUCAACGGUGCAGCCCACCACGUGGAUCAUCACCUCUACUUCAACUACAACUAUGGGCAAUACUUUACAUUGUGGGAUCGUCUGGGGGGGUCCUACCGCUACCCCUCGGCCCUCCUGGGAAAGGGUCCACAUGACCACAUCAAAAAGCUCAUGGCAGAGAAGACAAAGUGAUGAUGCAGUUACAGUCCUGAUAUUUUUGAUGACUGUUUUUCU